AUGGUACUUCCGCCUAUUACCGUUCCAACAUUUUUACAACCAAUCAUUCAAGCAUGGAUCGCUUGGUUCAUCACCACCUUUGUUUCGAUUCCUGCUGCCACCUUUUUCAUGAUCUGGGAUAUUCCUCGAUCGAUUUCUGGUCUCUUGUUUCGCGAGAGGCCCAAGGUCGUCCUCAUUACUGGUGCAAGUUCAGGUAUUGGAGAAAAGUUUGCCGAGGAAUAUGCAAAACUUCCUGGCGUCACCUUAGGACUUUUGGCUAGAAACGAGGAUCGUUUGGAAAAGGUGGCGGACAGUUGUCGCAAGAGAGGAGCAAAAGUCGAGACCAUGUCUUGUGAUAUUUCGAGAGUCGAUGCUCUGGUCGAUACCAUUGAAGACUUCUGCAAUAGAAAUCCUGUUGAUUUGCUAAUUGCCAACGCGGCUCAAACUGGUGUUAAAUAUGAUGACAUAGAUACCUGGGAAGAUAUGUGGGAAAGACUUUUCGCUGUCAACAUCAAUGGUACCGUCGCUACUGUCAUGACAGUUUUCAAAAAAAUGAAAGAAAACAGGAAUGGUCAAAUUGCAAGUACGUAUGUACCUCUAUCUUUGGGAUCCACUGAACCGCCCUCACAAUACACACAAAUUCAUUUGAAAAUAGUUGUAUCGUCAGUCGUCGGUCAUUUCAGCGUGCCGCAGAUGAUCUAUUACAACACAACGAAAUCCGCGUUACUUUCAUUUGCACGCGAUCUUCGUUACCUAGCCUCGCGUCACAAUGUUAAGGUUUCGGUAAUCGCACCGGGUUUGAUCGACACACCCAUGAGUAGCGAUCCGAAUCAACCAAUAAGCAUGUUCAGACUUAUUUUCUCUUCACCCCGGAAUCUUGCGGUGAUCGCCAAGUUACAACUCUACGAGAAUUGGUUUGAGGUCACCUGGCCAUUCUUGGAAAUGCUACCUGCUUAUGCAGCUCAAACCUUACCACCAAGAGUUUUGGAAGCGGUCACAUAUUUAGUCGGAAAUUUCGGGGAGCUUAUCUGGGGGACUAAUGGAACUGCCUUUACCUGA